AUGUCAGUAGAACAUCUGUAUGAAGACCUGCUCCUUCACGCAGAACCUCCACACCAGUACUCCCAGUCCUCCCAGUUCUCCCACAGCAGCAGCUACAACAUGGCCGCCAUCAGGAGGGACAAAGAUGCCGUUUACGGACAUCCCUUGUUCCCUCUGCUCGCGCUCAUGUUUGAGAAGUGUGAGCUGGCGACGUGCACGCCGAGGGAGAGCGUGCACGGAGGCGACAUCUGCUCCUCCGACUCCUUCAGCGAUGACAUCUGCGCUUUCUCUGAGCAGAUGCGAUCAGAGGAGCCAUUGUCUCCGUCCGACCCGGAGCUGGACGACCUGAUGAUUCGGUCCAUCCAGGUGCUGCGAUUCCACCUGCUGGAGCUGGAGAAGGUUCAUGAACUUUGUGAUAACUUCUGUCAUCGAUACAUCAGCUGUCUGAAGGGGAAAAUGCCGAUUGAUUUGGUUAUUGACGACCGAGACAGAAACAAGUCGGACAGCGAGGACUUCAUCCGGUCCUCAGGGACCAGCAGAGAUCAGAUGUUGUGGAGUCGAGACCCGGAGGACUCGGUGCUGGUCCAGUCGGCCGGGACACCGGUUCUGUCCACCGGAGGACAAACGUCUCACAGCGGCAACAACAGCAGUGAACCAGGUAAAGCCGAACGUCUCACUGUGUCCAGCAGUAAUUCAGACUCACUGAAGAACUGCAGGAACAAACCUGGACUAAUUAAAAGACCAUCUCUAAUGAGUCAGGUUACCGUGCACCCAUACCCAUCAGACGAGCAGAAGAAGCAGCUGGCUCAGGACACUGGCCUCAGCAUCCUGCAGGUCAACAACUGGUUUAUCAACAUAAGGCGCAGGAUCAUCCAACCCAUGAUCAACCAGUCUGACAUAGCAGUGAACCAGAUGGGAGCGUACCAAGAAGCUCAGCCAGUGGGAGGCUUCGUCAUGGACGGACACAUCAGACCAACAGCGGGCUGCCAUGGAGCCUCCUCCACUGGCUCCGCCCCUCCACCUGAGGGCUCACCUGAGCUGCUGCUGGCUCAGCAGGUGAAGAUCUGGAGGGAAAUGGAGCAUUUCUGCAGAUCUGAGCUGUGUUUUACGGUGGCCGAGAGAUGCAGCGGCAGCGCCCUCUACUGGCUGGAGCAAAACAGGAAGUCAGGUGAUGCAGUUACAGGACUGGUGCUGUAG